GAACACACAAGGUACUGUCUCUCAAUAGAAGCACUGAAAUCGCUGCAGUAUAAACGGAGCAGCCCAGAGCAGUACUAAACAGAGACGCGAUCAGUCUCAUGCUGCAGGUUGAGGUUUGGAGAUGGAGGCUGGAAAAGUGUACAGCAGUAACACUGUGCUUCAAGCUAGAAAAGCUGUGGAGCAGCUGAGACUGGAAGCCAACUUGGAAAGAAUCAAGAUCUCAGCUGCGGCUGCUCAGCUCGUGCAGUACUGUCAGGAGCACCGGCGUGGAGAUCCACUGCUCACAGGCAUCGCUGCUUCAUCCAACCCAUUCAAGGACAAGAAGACAUGUGUGCUAUUGUGA